AUGAUCGAGCUGGCACCGGAAGCCAACAACGAUACCACCCUCUCUAAAGUUUGGACACUCUUCGUAGAUGGAGCCUCGUCCAAACAAGGAGCUGGCGUCGGAAUCAAACUCACAUCUCCAACCGGAGAAGUGAUCGAACAAUCGUUCAGACUCGGAUUCGUCGCCUCUAACAAUGAGGCCGAAUACGAGGCACUCAUAGCCGGACUCCGACUCGCAAUCGGGAUCGGCGUGAAUGAGAUCAACGCAUUCAGCGACUCCCAGCUCGUUACUAUCCAAUACAGCGGCGAGUAUGAAGCAAAAGAGGAGCGUAUGGAAGCUUAUCUCAAAGUAGUUCGAGAUUUAGCUGGACAAUUCAGUAAAUUCGAACUAACUAGGGUGCCUAGGGGAGAGAACACUUCGACUGACGCCUUAGCUGCUCUCGCCUCCACUUCGGACCCAACUGUAAGACGUGUGAUUCCAGUCGAAGGCAUAGAUAAACCUAGCAUCGACGUCGCACUCAAGUCUGACAGUAUAAACGCAAUUACCUCGCGCCCGUCUACUCGUUCUCAAACUAGACAGUCCCAAGAUCCGGGACCAUCUAACCUGGAACCUGAUUCCGAGGAAGAAGAACCUGUCCAAGAUAGGCAAAAAACAAGGUAUAUCGAUUCGGACUCUUCGCAAAAUACGCAAGAUCGAUCGGAAGAUCGAGAUCACCUCGAUAUUCCCCUUUCGAACGAAGUGAGGUUCAGAGUCCACCUAUGUACCUUCAAUUUCUUACUUCGCAAAAAACCAAUCGAAGUCUGCAGCAUCCAAGCAUCAAGCGUAGUGUUCUAG